UUCGCGGCGCCUGCGCGCUGAGGGGCCCGCCCGGGGCCCGCCCCGCCCCCGGCCCGCCCCCAAGAUAUGUAAGCGGCUCGGCUUGGGGUCGCGCCACCGCCAGACUCCCGUGUCCCUCCGCGCAGGCGGGCGGCCCGGAGAGCUUGUGCCCCCGCAGCUGGCGCCCCCUCCUCAUCAUGAACAGAGGCUUCUCCCGAAAGAGCCACACGUUCCUGCCCAAGAUCUUCUUCCGAAAAAUGUCAUCCUCAGGGGCCAAGGACAAGCCUGAGCUGCAGUUUCCCUUCCUUCAGGAUGAGGAUACGGUGGCCACACUGCUGGAGUGCAAGACACUCUUCAUCCUGCGUGGCCUGCCAGGAAGCGGCAAGUCCACGCUGGCACGGGUCAUCGUAGACAAGUACCGCGACGGCACCAAGAUGGUGUCUGCUGAUGCUUACAAGAUCACCCCUGGCGCUCGAGGAGCCUUCUCGGAGGAAUACAGGCGGCUAGAUGAGGAACUGGCUGCCUACUGCCGACGCCGGGACAUCAGAAUUCUUGUGCUAGAUGACACCAACCACGAGCGGGAACGGCUGGAGCAGCUCUUUGACAUGGCCGACAAGUACCAGUACCAGGUGGUGCUGGUGGAGCCCAAGACAGCGUGGCGGCUGGACUGUGCCCAGCUCAAGGAGAAGAACCAGUGGCAGCUGUCGGCCGACGACCUGAAGAAGCUGAAGCCUGGGCUGGAGAAGGACUUCCUGCCACUCUACUUCGGCUGGUUCCUGACCAAGAAGAGCUCUGAGGCCCUGCGCAAGGCUGGCCAGGUCUUCCUGGACGAGCUGGGCAACCACAAGGCCUUCAAGAAGGAGCUUCCACACUUUAUCUCUGGGAAUGAGUCCAGGGAGAAGAUUGACCUGGUCACCUAUUUUGGGAAGAGACCCCCAGGCGUGCUGCACUGCACAACCAAGUUCUGUGACUAUGGGAAGGCCACCGGGGCAGAUGAGUACGCCCAGCAGGAUGUGGUGAAGAAAUCUUACUGCAAGGCCUUCAUGCUGUCCAUCUCUGCCCUCUUUGUGACACCUAAGACGACUGGGGCUCGGGUGGAGCUGAGUGAGCAGGAGCUGCAGUUGUGGCCAAGUGACGUGGACAAGCUGACCCCCUCUGACAACCUGCCUCGGGGGAGCCGUGCCCACAUCACUCUUGGCUGCGCAGCUGACGUGGAGGCCGUGCAGACGGGCCUCGACCUCUUAGAGAUUGUGCGGCAGGAGAAGGGGGGCAACCGAGGCGAGGAGGUGGGUGAGCUAAGCCGGGGCAAGCUCUAUUCCUUGGGCAAUGGGCGCUGGAUGCUGAACCUGGCCAAGAAGAUGGAGGUCAGGGCCAUCUUCACGGGAUACUACGGGAAGGGCAAACCUGUGCCCACACAAGGCAGCCGGAAGGGGGGUGCCAUGCAGUCCUGCACCAUCAUAUGAGUGUCCUCACCCCUGUAGGCCCCUUGCGCUUCAGAAGGGAAGGGGAGGAGAGGGAAACAUGCCCUCUGCUUGAUUUUUGAGUCUUUUUUUUUUUUUUACUCAAAGUUAACCUACUUUUUAAAAACUUGUAAAAUAACUCACCGCCUCCCACCCCAUGCUCAAGCUCUCAACACAAAGUGGGUGGGUAGGUACCGUUCAGGAACCUGGACCAAAGCUGAUGGGGCUGGGCCAGGCCUGGAGCUGCUACCAGAACCCUGAGCCCAGCCCCUAGCCCAGGCCUGCUGCUCUGACCAGAGCUGGGCUCGUGGGGACAGACACGUCAGCUGCAAAAGCCCUCUGACUAGAGGCAAAAGGCAGUGGGGCUGCAGGGAGUUUCCACCGCCAUGGAAAACUAGUGGUGGCUCUGAUCCCAUUUCUUAACCAGUAUAGGCCCAGGAAGGCUCGGGCUAUUUAGCAGGGUAGAAAAAGGGGUUUACCUCCCACCUUUGGUCCCAAGUCAGUCCCUUCCUUCACACAGUAACUAGGUAGUAGUUUGAUAACUAGGGAAGAAAAGAGAACAAACAGCAGCAGCCACAUCCCAGGCUGGCUGCUGGUCUCAUCCAGGAAGUCAGGCUGGCCACCCUUCCCAGUGGCGUGGUUCUGUUGGGUGGACGGGGAGAUCGUGGCCAGAGGUAGCAUGUCAGUGAGGAAGCUCCAGUCUGCUGUCUGCCCAGCCCGUCCUGCCUCCAUGGUGCCUCUGGAGGCUUCUGGCCUCCUCUAAAGGGGGCUGGUGGGUACCAAGAGCCAGUGGAGUAGACCCCUAGCUGAUAAGGGCCAAGGCUCACCUGUUGCCUGUGGGGAGGGGUGUUUAACUUGCUACGUGUGCUGUGGUUCCUGGGGUGCCUUCCACUGUCUUCUACUCAGUAACAGGGACUUGCUAAUCAGGCUGUCACUUGAAAGUGCUUCGGAUUUAAGUUACUAUCCUGGCUUUGCCCAACCUCAGCGACUUGUAAGACUGAUAAUGAAAUAAAUGAUGUUAAUCCUA